CCGUCGACAGAAUGCGUAGUGCCAAGUUACAAGCAGCGUUGGUGAAACGUCGCGAAGCUGAACAAAUCAAGUACCAAAAAUCGGCCGCCGUCGAGCGAUACUACGACCAGUGGGGGCGCAUAACAAGUCGCUACGAAUCAUGGACCACCCCACAAUACUACCGGGAAGCGGAACAGGCGCUCAGGAAGCGUGAGGACGAGAAGAAAAAGCAAGAAGCACUAGAAUCCAAGCGAAACCGUCUAAAGGAGCUGUUGAAGAAGGAAAAUGAGCAAUUGCAAAAGGAGAUGGAAAAUGUAUCCCGACCGAAACCGAAAGCAGUUUCAACGGAAAUCUUGGAAGGCAUACGAUCGCGAUUACACAAUGCCGAGGAAGCAAAAAAGCGCAUCGAUCUAGAGGCAAAUCUGUACAGCAAAUGGCGCCUUGGCUUUGAUAAAGACGCAGUCAUAAUGGACUCCAAAACAAGCCACCAAGCGAUGGCUAAGCUUAACUGGAUCGAUCGACAGGUAGAAUUGCAGCUACAGGACGAAAAAGAUCGCCGCGAGCAGCAGGAACGUGAGCUGAAGCUGUCCGAAGAGGUUCGUCGGAGGGAAGAAAUUCUGCUGGAAAAGAAUCGGAUGCGGGAGCAAGAAAUGAAGGAACUGCGCAGCAUGCAGGAAGUACACAUGGUCGAGCUAAAAUCCCGCGAACAAGAAGCGAAUGAGCUGAAGAUGUACGAGGUGCGGUUGAAGACGAAAAAGGACGAGAUGGCUACGGAGCUAGAGCAGCUGCGCGUGUACAACGAUCUUCGACGCGAUCGUGUAGUGGCAAUGCAUAACUUGAGGCGCAUAAAGAUGCUGCUGCGUGAACGGUCGGAAGCGGUGCGUAACGAUUUGCAGCACGACAUACAGUUGCUGAAACGGAUAAGCCUCGACAAUCCUACCGCUUCUGACAGUGCCGAAGGGAUCGAGUAUCUGCGCCGCAAGUUCCAGCUCCAGUACGACCUGGAGGUGGAGCAACAAACGACGAUCGAGAACAUGUACGAAUCUGAGGCAAAGCACAACCUGGCGAAAUGUGAAGAAAAAUGGAACAGUGAAGCGAUCAUACGGGAGCAACAGUUGCGCUGCUUGCUCGAGGAUCGGCUAAUGGACUUUGAAACGAAGCUGGUCGAAUGUACGCAACGACAGCGGGAACUGAUCGAGGUGCGCGAGCAGCACAUAAAAGCGAUCGAAGGUGCCAACCAAAGGCUGAAGGAGUUGAUGUCGGAUAAAUCACGCGAUGAGUUCGUUACCUCGUCGAACAACAGUCAGUUGCGUGAUUUGGUUCAGCGUAGAGAUGGAGGAGGAGGUGCAAGCGAGAAACGGCCAUCAACGCAGAGCUCACAGCGGAGCAGCACUUUCAGCAGCAUUUUCCCAUUUGACGAUCACUGUGACGGAUUGAAGUUGAAGGAAAAUCGAUCCUUCGCCGGAAGACGCAAUGAAACGCCGCCGGACGGUUCUGAAGGGUUGAGUGCACCACGGUUUGGGAAGAAAAAAGUCGCCUGGUGCUAG